AUGGUUGUAAAAAAAAUAUCAGGAGAUAUAAUACAACAUUAUGUAGGGAAAAAUGAUUUUAAAAGAAAAUGUUUUAAAGCAUUAGAUAUAUACAGAAAUAAUAAAUCAAAUUUAAGUAUUAUCCAUUUAAAGAGUUAUAUUAAAAACUUAAUAUUAGGGCUAUCAAAUGAUGAGCUGUCAAGUUAUCAAAAUAUGUUUAACAAAAUAAAUGAAAGGAAUAAUAAAUGUAAUAAUUUAUUUUAUAAUAUAUCAAAAGAAUGUAAUAUUAAAAUACAAAUGAAUGAGGAAAAGAAGAAAAGUAGUAACAUACAAAAUGUAUGUAAAUAUAAUUGUGAUAUGCAGAAUAAAAAUUCUUUAUUUAAUUAUGAUAUAAAGUAUAGAAACAAUAUAAGUAUUUUUAUGAAGAGAAGGAAAAAUUUCCAUACUUUGAAUAAAAUAUUUCGAAAAGGAAAGGAUGUAAUACAAGAUAAUAGAAAAUGUAAUGAAUAUAAGAAUGGAAUUAAUAAUAUGAAAAUGAAUAAAAAGGAUGAGUUUAAUAUUCAUAAUGAUAUAAAUAAGAAUGAUAGUAAUAAUAAAAUAUAUGAGAUUUAUGAGAUAUUACAUAAAUAUGAAAAGAGUAUUAAUUUUUAUAAAUAUAUGUUUAUUAUGAAUAGUUUAGUUGUGAUAUUAAUUUUAUGUGGCUUGUUUGUUUUUACGGGAGAUAUAAUAAAUAAAUAUAUUAUAAAUAAGAUUGAAAAAGUAUUAGAAGAUAUAAAGAAUUCAAAAGAAAUUGAAAAUAACCUAAAAGAAAUUAUUAAUAGUUUAAUAUAUAAUGUAGUAGUACAAGAGAAAAAUAAAAUGAUAACUUCAGCCUUUUUUAUUGAUGUAUUAAAAAAUUCAAGAAAAGAUAUGGAAAAUGUAUUUAUAGAUAUUUUAGAAACCGAACAAGUAAAAAAUAAAUUAAGAAAUGUAUUUCAAGAUAUAUCUAUAUAUUUAUGUAAUAAUAAAGAAGUCCAAAAAAAAGUCGCAUACUUAUUAGCAGAAGCAAUUCAUUUACCAGUAUCAAUAUCUAUAUCCAAAAAAUGGAUAAAUGAUUUAUUUAAUUCAGAAGAAGUUACACAGAAUAUGAGAAAUAUUAUAUAUAAAGAAUUAUUUAAGAAUGAUGAAAUGAUAAAUCAUUCCAUUGGAUAUUUACAAUAUAUACUUUUAAAUACAUUACAAAAUAAAAAUACACAUGAAAUGACGAAAUUAUUUUUGAAUUCUAUAUUGUCAAAUCAAGAAUUCCAAAUACAACUUUCUGAAAAUGUAUGGAAAAUUUUUAAAUUAGCCUUAUCCCCAAAAUGGAUGAGUAAUGAAGACUUCAAAAUUGUUUUAAAAGAUAGUAGAGGUGUGGAGAAAAUAAUUAAAAAGGAAUUUAAUGUCAAUAACAAGAAUGUAAACACUAUAAGCUGUGAAAUGGAUAACAAUAUUAAUAGUAAUGGUAAUUAUAGUAGUACAGAUCAUUUGUCCCUCAUCAAUAAAAACUUUUCAAGUAAUGAAGCUAAUAGCAUUAAUAAUCACAGGUGUGAUGAUACAAACAAUCAUAGAUAUGAUGAUACAAACAAUUAUAGAUAUGAUGAUACAAGCAAUCAUAGAUAUGAUGAUACAAGCAAUCAUAGAUAUGGUGAUACAAACAAUCAUAGAUAUGAUGACACAAACAAUUAUAGAUAUGACAAUACAAAAAAUCAUAGAUAUGACAAUACAAAAAAUCAUAGAUAUGAUGAUACAAAAAAUCAUAGAUAUGAUGAUACAAAAAAUCAUAGAUAUGACAAUACAAAAAAUCAUAGAUAUGACAAUACUAACAACCAUAAUGAUGAUAGUGCUUAUAUGUCUUUGGUCGCUUCUGAAGAGGCCAAAACCAAAAUGAAUAUCAAAUAUAUAGACGAAAAACUAAAUAAAGAUAAAGUUAAAUAUAUAGAUAAUUUAAAAAAUACCGAAAAAAAAAAAAGUAUAGAUGGAAAUAUUUUUAUCCCAUUAAAUUAUCCUAUUAAUCAUACAUGUAAUGAUCACGGCAUGUGUAAUAUUUGUCAACAUUUUAAUAAGAAAUUAAAAAAUGAAAUAAAAUUUAUUCUUCAUAUUUUUCAAAAUUAUGAAAACAAUGAAAAAAAUAUUCGUACGAAUAAUAAUUCCAUAUCUAUAAAACCAUAUGAAAAUCAAAAUAAUUUAAAUUUUAAUGAGGAAGUAAAUAAAACAUUACAUUUAAAUAUUAUAACAGACACUUUAAAAUCUUUAUUAAAUUCUUCUCAUAUCUUUUUUGAUAAAACCAUUUUGCGUAUCCCUACAUAUAAAAUUCAAAAUGUUCAAGAAAUGCACGCAAAGUUUACAUAUCCAUUUCUACUCAAUAUUUUUAAACACAUGAAUACAAAUACAGAUAAAAAGAAAUCACAGUCUACUCAAGAUAAUUUAAAUAGUAUACAUAAAGCAAUAUACAAAUACUCGUUAAAGGAAAAAAUAUACUUAAAUUUAGUUGAUAUGUUUUUAUUCUAUUCUUAUAAAUAUUAUUUCUAUUAUUAUUAUGUCAUUAAAUUAAAGUACAUAUUGUAUGACCAUUUUAAGGACAAAUAA